AUGGCAUUGGAGCUUCAACAACUGUUACUUGCUGUGGCAACACUAACAUUAUUGUCAAUUGUCUGCAACGCUGCUGUAACCCAAACUUCAUCAACAACCGGAGGGCGAACGUCAGCUGCGGAUGCGCAUGCCAGCCUUGCCCACAAAAACAUAGCCCAUGUCUAUGCAAAUCAUGUGGGAAAACAGCAACAACUCCAACAAUGGCCACACUAUUAUGAUUUUCGUUUCGAGCGGAACAGCAGUAGUGGCAACAAUAAUAAUGGCAUUGCUACUCCCACAGCUACAGCUGCAGACCCAACAGCAGCAUCGACAGUAGCAGAAAAUGCAGCACGAAAAACAACUCGUCGAAGUUAUGGUGGUGCCAGUGGUGGAGAAUGGCAAAAUGCUUACACUAUUGGUGGGAGCGGUAGCGGCAGCGGCAGCGGCAGCAGUGGCAGUAGUUACAACUAUGGGGCAGCAAAGCUUAAUGGUCUCACAAAUCUCUCGGGUUUGCGGCACAUUAGUAGCGGCUUUGGCGGCAGUGCUGGUGGUGCAACGGCAAAACAACAAAUACCAAUUUACGAAGAACAGCAAGAAAACGAUUAUGGCGCCGGCACAUUGGGUGCAUCCGGCACAGCAGGACAUAAUGCUGGGGGAAACAAUCAACACGGUGGCAGCAGCAGCAGCAGAAGCUUCGGUAGUAGCGGCAGCGGCAAUGGCUUCGGCAGCAGCGGAGGCUGGGGUAGUAGCGGUAGUAGUAGUAGUAGCAACAGCAAGAGCUAUAACUCUGCUAGUUCUCGCAGCAAUGAUGCCCUCAGUACGGCGCUAUACAAUUUGCACACAGCUGGCACACACAAUGGCUUCCAGUCUUCCUUUGGUAGCAAAUUUUCAUCAGCGAACUCGGCAACUCCUCAAUUCGAAUACCAAGUACAGCAACAACCCCAGCAACAGCUGUUGAGCAACAAAAUCCCCAAUGGCAAUUUUCAGCAUCGUUACGAUCAUAAUUCCGGCGGUUACGAUGAACUUUCAGCCGCUGCUACUUACGCACAUCAACAACACCAGCUGCCAACGGCAUCCGGACUGCAGCAUUUCGGAGCGCACGAUGCUAUCUCCUCCCACCACUCUGGCAUGGAUUCAGCAACUUCAAACGCUGACGUGGACAUUUCAUUUGUCCACCAUCAGAGUGAACAUCAUGGUGGUGAGGGGGGUGAGGGUGGCGAUGGCGGACAUGACGAGGUAGAGGCUUCGGGACCAUCAUACGAUGAUUCCGCUAAUUAUCUAGCUGAGCAGCACUCAGGUGGUGGUGGUGGUGAGCACGCACCCGAUGUUAUUAACUACAUUCCGUAUCCGGUGGUGAAGAAGGUGCACGUUCCGGUGCGCGAGCCCGUCCAGAUUCCCAUUCAGCAUGCGGUUAUCGUGCCCGUCAACAAGCCAGUACCCAUACACAUUCCAGUCACUAAAACUAAGCCUGUGCCGGUUGAGAAGGAGCUCAGAGUACCCGUCGAACAUGUGGUUCCAUACCCGGUAGAGAGACCAAUACCAGUGCCCGUGGAAAAGCGUGUCCCAUUUGAGGUUAUUAAGUAUGUAACGGUCAAAGUACCGCAUCCAUUCCCUGUGAAGGUGCCAGUGUUCAAGACCAUAUUGCACAAGGUGAAGGGUGGCAAAUGGUGA